AUGUCAUCAGACGAACAGCUCAGUCUGGCCAUCGUAGGCGGCGGUAUCGGUGGUCUCUGCCUGGCUCUAUACAUCACAACUCAUACAGAGAUCCCAGUCAUCGUGUAUGAGAACGCUCCGAAGUUCGGUGAGAUAGGAGCCGGUGUCGCCUUUGGACCAAACGCAGUUCGAGCAAUUGCAAAGAUAUCGGAGCCACUGGCGGCUGCAGUCGAAGCUCGGGCCAACAGAAACAUGUUUGCAGAAAAGAAAGACGUCUGGUUCGAUUUUAGAGUCGGGAUGGACGGCGCCCACGAAACCGCUAGAGUCCGUGGUGUGGUUGCCGGGACGUACCUAUGCUCUGUGGAACAUCCCCAACCAGGAAGUUGGAUGGUGAAUCGCUCACAUCUCGUUGACGAGAUAGUCAAGCUCCUUCCUGAUGGAAUAGCACGAUUCAGCAAAACUCUUCACGACAUAGACGAUCUUGAUGGUGAAGGUGUUAUUCUGAAGUUUGGGGAUGGAACAUCAUCGAGGCACAGUGCUGUCGUCGGAUGUGACGGGAUCAAGAGUCAAACUCGACGCAUUAUACUUGGAGACGACCAUCUUGCCACCAAUCCUUCUUACACCGGAAAAUACUGCUACAGAGGAUUGGUCCCGAUGGACAAAGCAGUGGAGCUUCUGGGCGAGGAGAAGGCGAAGAAUUGCCAAGCAUAUCUCGGGUACCAUGGUCACAUGCUCACUUUCCCCGUCGCUGGUGGUAGAAUGAUGAAUGUGGUCGCCUUCCAGUCAUCCACAGACUGGCCUCACAAGACGAUGGUGAUUCCGGCAACCAAAGAACAGAUGUUGCAGAGCUUCAGCAUGUGGGGUCCGGAUGUACUCAACAUUGUUCGACUGAUGGGUCAGUCAGAUAUCUGGGCGCUUUUCGAUCUGUCGCCCAUGGACAACUACAACAAAGGCAGGAUCUGUCUCCUCGGAGAUGCUGCACACGCCUCGACUCCCUUCCAAGGUGCCGGUGCUGGUAUGGCAGUGGAGGAUGCAUAUGUGCUUGGAAAACUCCUCCAUCACGUUGAACGAGCACAGGAUCUACCUGCCGUUUUCAAAGCCUUUAGUAAAGCUCGAGUUGAGAGAACGCAAAAGCUUGUCGCCACAAGUCGGGAAGCUGGUCAUUUUUGGCACUUUGAAGCUGAAGGGGACGAUCUCAUGAAGAUCAGGGAAAUCAUGCAAAAAAGAAUGAGUUGGGUUUGGGACAAAGAUCUUGAUGAAGACAUUGCGCAAGUUGCUAAAGAUCUUCAUAGGGCACUCACCUAG